AGUGAUCUUGAGAGGAAGAGGAGAAAAAAAGGGGGGAUGGAUGGAAGGAGCUACACUGGGAUGUAAUAUUCUCUCCUCCUGGAUGCUGCCUUCUCCCCCCACUGGCUUUGUCCUUCCUUUGUGCAGUGGCAUCCCUGGGAGCAGGCACCGGCACACGGCGCAGCACUCAGCCAGGGAGCCGGGCAUGAAUCGAGCCCAACAAAGAGCCUUUGAGAUGGCAGCGUGUGCUUCUGCCUGGAGGGAGGAACGCGUCAGGCUUUCCCAGGCAAGCGGCAGCCUGCAGUGUGCUCUGGCUUGAGAGCCAGCCCUCCUCAUCAUCGCCGAGGCAGAGCGAUGGGUCUGCUGUGUGUGUGAGCGAGCGGGUUGGAUAACCGUGCACGUUAGGGUGUAUGUGCACACGCUCGCUUCCAAUCCUUCCUGGAGGAGAGAGGCUCUCUUCUUCUCAAGGGACAUUUUGAAGCAAGCAGGCUGCCGCCCCUUCGGACCUGAAGAUGUUCCGCAAGAAGAAGAAGAAGAGGCCCGAGAUUUCAGCGCCCAGAAACUUUGAGCACCGCGUCCACACCUCGUUUGACGCCAAGCGGGGUUGCUUUGUGGGCUUGCCGACGCAAUGGCAGAGCCUGAUCGAGAACCUGCGGAGGCCCAAACCCAUGGUGGACCCCUCCAGGAUCACAGAGGUGGAGCUGAGGCCAAAGAAGACCAUCGUGCGCGGGAGCAUGAUCGGUCACGGAGAAUACAUCGCGGCCAUGAUCAACGACAUGAGCCGCCUGUCCGUGACCAGCUCCAACUCUCUGCGCAAGACCAGCCCCUCUGCCAGGAAGAGGGCCCAGUCCCUGGGAAGGUUGGGCGAAGUGAACGAAGGCGAUGGCUACCAGUACGAGGGACUGACACAGGACGAUGACGAUGAGGACGAUGCAGGUCAGGAACACUGGCGGGACAAGGCCAGGAACAUCCACAGUGAGACCAACACCCCGUACCUGGGAAUGAAGAAGAGCAUCACUCUGCAGCCCAACGGGAUCUUGCCAAAGGCCAAAUCAACGUACGAAGUCGGCGUCGGCUGCAUAGAAGGACCCUCGCACCCUCUUCCGCCUCAGAGCGUCCCGGCACCGAGCCACGGGGCGUACAUAGGCGGGGAACUGGGAAGUCCUCAGGAGAGAGUGAUAUGGAAACGAGACUUCCAGCUGCCCAGAGGAAUGCCGCCAGGUCAGAGACCCGUGGCGUGUUUUUACAGUCCGGCUGUGGCUCUUCAGCAGCUUCAUGGGGAUCAAGGAGCGCUCACCGGGGAGCUCCGACCCAACCUGCCCAUGUUCAUGCACACUCAGAACAGCCCGGGAAGGCCGUUCUCUUCCUAUGACUUAAAAGCAGAGUCGGCAGCGAGAUACCACUCCGGUUUCCUGCCAACCGGCACCAGCAGUCCUCUCGUGGGAGGAAUUAGACCUCAGCGGAUGGUGCGCUCCUCAGCAAGCUACACUCUAGGCCUGUCUCCUAACAUGGGACUGAGGCCCAGUGGACCAGACCCCUUUCUCAGACACUCUGGAUGCCCCAACCAGCCUUACCCCCGUCAGGACAGCCCCUCUCAACCUCGACCUUCUCCCACGGGAUCAUUAGCCACCAGUCCUGCAGGUACUUGUUCUCCUGCCUUUAGACCCCCACUGCAUCCCGUACCCAGACCACCUCCGGACCCGCCUAAGGUGACACACGAACAGUUCAAAGCUGCCCUGCAGAUGGUGGUGGACAAGGGCGAUCCACGGACUUACCUGGAGAACUUUGUUAAGAUUGGGGAGGGCUCGACAGGGGUGGUGUGCAUCGCCACAGAAAAGCACACAGGAAGGCAAGUGGCGGUGAAGAUGAUGGACCUGCGGCGGCAGCAAAGGAGAGAGUUGCUCUUUAAUGAGGUGGUCAUCAUGAGAGACUACCAGCAUAAGAACGUGGUGGAAAUGUUCAAGUCUGCCCUGGUGGAGGAGGAGUUGUGGGUAAUCAUGGAGUACCUGCAGGGCGGAGCACUAACCAACAUUGUAUCUGAAACCAGGCUGAGUGAAGAGCAGAUCGCCACAGUGUGUGAAGCCGUUCUGCAGGCCCUGGCCUAUCUCCACUCACAGGGCGUCAUUCACAGAGACAUCAAGAGUGACUCUAUACUGCUCACAUUAGACGGAAGGGUAAAGCUUUCAGACUUUGGCUUCUGUGCCCAGAUCAGUAAGGACAUCCCCAAGAGGAAGUCUCUGGUGGGGACGCCUUACUGGAUGGCUCCUGAGGUCAUCUCCAAAUCACCAUAUGGCACUGAGGUUGACGUGUGGUCGAUGGGCAUCAUGGUGGUAGAGAUGGUGGAUGGAGAGCCACCGUACUUCAGUGAAACGCCUGUAGCAGCCAUGAAGAGGCUCAGGGACGAGCCAGCGCCGACUGUUCGAAAUGUCAGCCAGAUCUCCCCAGUUCUCAAAGACUUCCUGGAUCGCAUGCUGACUCGGGACCCAUUGGAGCGGGCCAGCGCCACCGACCUGCUGGAGCACCCCUUCCUGCUGCAGAGCGGCUCACCUCAGUGCCUGGUCCCACUGGUGGAGCAGUACCGGAAACGCAUGUCCCGUUGCUGACCCCUCGGGGCCUAACAGACCACAAUGGCCCCCUUCCAGGCCUCUGAAGAGGACCAGCACCGGGUACCCAGCACCCGAGCGAAGCUCCAGAGAAGCAGACCAGCGUGACGGUGCCACAAUUUGUUGACGGACACGACACGGCCUCGGGCGUGCAAGAAGCACUUUAGGAGUGAGUUCAAGCGAACAUGCAAGUCCUCGCCUCUCAAUUCAGUUCGGUCAGAAUAAAUUAAUUGGCUUCCUUUAACAUUCAGAGGGAAACGGCACAACGCGGUGCGCAUCACACUGAUGGCACACAUCUAUCUUCCAAACAUGUGCUACCCUGAAAACCCUUUAUAGUGUUCAUAGUGGGCAUUAUUGCCAGCUAAUUAAGCUGAUGUUAGGCUCAAAACACAGUAGCUCAUUGUGACAGGAUUAGAAUAACCUCUGCACACACACACACUGCUGUGGAAAUUGGACGACGACGCGGGUAAUACACACACUUUGCAUGGCCAAAUUGAGGCACACCUGGCCUGAUGUGAAUGCUUGAAUACGUACUGUGAUGUGAAAGACAAUUCCCUUUAUUAGCAUAACGAACGGGUGAAUAAAAAGCCCAGCUGCUAUUACUGGGCUGCUGGAGAAAUCACCAGUUCCUCUUUUUCAUAUUUAUUCUUUAUUUCUAACAAGGUGUUGUGAGUUGUUUGUAUGAUGUGAAGUUCCAAAUAAGGUUUCAUAAUUAAGUAUGGACUUCGAGCAUAAAUAGAUCAAUUAAUAAUGUACAUAAAUAUCCUGAUUACAAGGUCUUUAAACCUGCUGAUCGACUGCAGUAAAUGAUAUUUACUAAAAUGUGAGUAGAGUUGUGAGUGUGCGCCAGGUGACAUGUCAUUGUUUGCCUCGGCUGAAACCCUCUUUGUAUUGUGAUCGGUUUAAAACAGAAAUCACAGGAUGUGUGCUUCAUCCCGAAGAUGAUGAUGUGUGAGUGUGUGUUUGCACUUGUUUGCCUAGAUAAAGCACACAGGCUUGGCAUGUCAUGCUGCAGGACGCAAAAAAACAAAAACAAACAAAAAAACCUGCUGAGAAACACUUUGCACACAGUCUUUGUAAUCCAACACGGAUACAUGUCGACAUGGUUUCAUGUAUUUUUAUUCCUGUGUGGAUCGUCCAUGGAGAGAGAAUUACAUGUUUUAAUUUUGUAUGAAAUAAUAAACAAUUAAUGAAUCAUU